AAGCGGUGGCGCGGAAGGAGCUACGCGUGGAGCUUGCGGCUAGGCCUUCCGCUGCUGCGGCUUCUCGGCGGUGGUCUUUCUUCAGCAGUGCGUACUUUUAGCGCUGCCAUGGACCUCGCAGCGGCUGCGGAGCCCGGUGCGGGAAGCCAGCACCCGGAGGUGCGCGAUGAGGUGGCCGAGAAAUGUCAGAAGCUGUUCCUAGACUUCCUGGAAGAGUUCCAGGGUAGCGAUGGAGAAAUUAAAUACUUGCAGUUCGCAGAGGAGCUGAUUCGUCCUGAGAGAAACACACUGGUUGUGAGUUUUGCAGACCUGGAACAAUUUAACCAACAACUUUCUACCACCAUUCAGGAAGAGUUCUACAGAGUCUACCCUUACCUGUGUCGAGCCUUGAAGACCUUUGUCAAAGACCGAAAGGAGAUCCCUUUUGCUAAGGAUUUUUAUGUUGCGUUCCAAGACCUACCCACUAGACACAAGAUUCGUGAGCUCACUUCCUCCAGGAUCGGGCUACUCACUCGCAUCAGUGGGCAGGUGGUGCGCACUCACCCAGUGCACCCCGAGCUUGUGAGUGGGACUUUCCUGUGCCUCGACUGCCAAACAGUGAUCAAGGACGUAGAGCAGCAGUUCAAAUACACACAGCCGAGCAUCUGCCGCAAUCCAGUAUGCGCCAACAGGAAGAGGUUCCUUCUAGACACCAAUAAAUCGAGAUUCGUUGAUUUUCAAAAGGUUCGUAUUCAAGAGACUCAAGCGGAGCUUCCCCGGGGAAGCAUCCCCCGGAGUUUGGAGGUUGUCCUGAGGGCCGAAGCCGUGGAGUCAGCCCAGGCUGGUGACAGGUGUGACUUCACGGGGACGCUGAUUGUUGUGCCGGACGUCUCCAAGCUUAGCACACCAGGAGCACGUGCGGAGACCAACUCCCGAGUCAGUGGCGCUGACGGGUAUGAGACAGAAGGCAUCCGAGGGCUCCGAGCCCUGGGUGUCAGAGACCUGUCAUACAGGCUGGUCUUCCUUGCCUGCUAUGUUGCACCAACCAACCCACGAUUUGGAGGGAAAGAACUCAGAGAUGAGGAGCAGACAGCUGAGAGCAUUAAGAACCAAAUGACGGUGAAGGAAUGGGAAAAGGUGUUUGAAAUGAGUCAGGACAAAAACCUGUACCACAAUCUCUGCACUAGCCUCUUCCCUACGAUCCACGGCAAUGAUGAAGUAAAACGUGGCGUCUUGCUGAUGCUGUUCGGUGGCGUUCCCAAGACAACAGGGGAAGGAACCUCUCUUCGUGGGGAUAUAAAUGUUUGCAUUGUUGGGGAUCCAAGUACAGCUAAGAGCCAGUUUCUCAAGCAUGUGGAUGAGUUCAGUCCCAGAGCUGUGUAUACCAGUGGCAAGGCCUCCAGUGCUGCCGGCUUGACAGCAGCUGUGGUGAGAGAUGAGGAAUCUCACGAGUUUGUCAUCGAGGCUGGAGCGUUGAUGCUGGCUGAUAACGGUGUCUGUUGCAUUGAUGAGUUUGAUAAGAUGGACAUGCGGGACCAAGUUGCUAUUCACGAAGCUAUGGAGCAGCAGACCAUAUCUAUCACUAAAGCCGGAGUGAAGGCAACUCUGAAUGCCAGGACAUCCAUUUUAGCUGCAGCAAACCCUGUCAGCGGACACUACGACAGGUCAAAAUCUCUGAAACAGAACAUCAAUCUGUCAGCGCCCAUCAUGUCCCGCUUUGACCUCUUCUUCAUUUUGGUGGAUGAGUGCAAUGAGGUGACAGAUUAUGCUAUUGCCAGGCGCAUAGUAGACUUGCAUUCGAGGAUCGAAGAAUCGAUAGACCGGGUUUAUUCCCUUGAUGAUAUAAGAAGGUAUCUUCUCUUCGCCCGACAGUUUAAGCCCAAGAUUUCCAAAGAGUCAGAGGACUUCAUUGUGGAGCAGUACAAACGCCUCCGCCAGAGGGAUGGCUCUGGGAUCACCAAGUCGUCGUGGAGAAUCACUGUGAGACAGCUUGAGAGCAUGAUCCGACUCUCAGAAUCGAUGGCCCGCAUGCACUGCUGUGAUGAGGUCCAGCCUAAACAUGUGAAGGAAGCUUUUCGAUUACUGAAUAAAUCGAUCAUCCGUGUAGAAACGCCUGACGUCAAUCUAGAUCAAGAGGAAGAGAUCCAGAUGGAGACGGAUGAGGGACCAGGAGGCAUCAAUGGUCAUGCUGACAGCCCUGCCCCUGUGAACGGGUUCAAUGGCUCUGGUGAAGAUGCCAGUCAGGAGACCGUUCCCAAGCCCUCCCUUAGGCUGGGCUUUGCUGAAUACUGCCGAAUCUCUAACCUCAUCGUGCUUCACCUCAGGAAAAUGGAAGAAGAGGAGGAUGAGUCAGCCCUAAAGAGGAGCGAGCUGGUCAACUGGUACCUGAAGGAAAUCGAGUCGGAAAUCGACUCUGAAGAAGAGCUCAUAAAUAAGAAGAGGAUCAUAGAGAAGGUUGUUCAUCGUCUCACACACUACGAUCACGUUCUGAUUGAGCUCACCCAGGCUGGACUGAAAGGCUCCAGUGAAGGAAGCGAGAGCUAUGAGGAAGAUCCUUACCUGGUAGUCAACCCGAACUACUUGCUUGAAGAUUGAGAUAUAGAAGGUGACUUACGGCCAGGAACCGGGGGUGGCCUACCUUAGCCGGGACCUGGGCAGCACUGAGACCGUUUCUGGAGCGAUGCUUGGGGACAGUUGAGAAGAGACAGCUGAGUUCAUGGCCGUGGAUUUCAUGCUGGCACAUGCGUGGGCACUUUGUGCUUGUCCUGUUGAAGUUGGAUCCCAAUCAUGUUUUCUGAAAGACUUUUUAUUUCAUGUGUAGGAAAAGCCUGCUGCAUUUGUCAUACAUGUGACUGCGGGAAUUGCUUUUUCCUGUUUCCAGCCACUGCUUUUACUCGUGAAAAUAAAGCAAUUGUUCUGUGGUUGUCUGUUGGA